UAAGAACCUGUCCUCCUCAGAUUGUAGUUCCGCGUCUAUGGAUCUGAUGGGUCAUAGAAUGGGAUACAACGUAGAUUUUAUUGUGAUAUUCAUCAUCUUAUGUGCAUCACAUCUUUUGCGUUCAUCAGUGUACGCUCAUUUCAUAUUGCAAUUGUUCCAUUGUAAAGAAUUGGCUACUUCCAAUGGUUUUAUAUAUCAGGUGCCUCUUGAUUUGAUUCCUGGGGGAAACUUAAAGGAUUGUGAACAUGGCUGGUAUUUUCCGAAUGGAACACUUCUUGUUGACUCAACCAUCCCAGGGGAGAAUUUAGGAUUUGUUGUGCGUGUGAAUCCUGAGAACCUGACUGUUAAAACAUGUGUAAACCUUCAAUGGCAACUUGAUUGUGAUAACAUCAAGUUUUACCGAAUUGUCAAUUAUACAGAGAGACUUAUAACACCAACGACCUUGCCAGAAAAUAACACUUCUCCAGGCAACAAGGAAGUCUGUCCAGUGUUCCCGGUGUCCUGUCAGCGUUGUGUGUAUCGUCAGUCUGUCUUCCCCGCAAGCCCUCUGGUAUGUGCAUUCGGUCAUCCUCAGUGUCUGUCAUCCCACCUGCCACAAAGGAUCAUCAGUUCCACCGAACUCCAUUCACUUCUCAUAAAUUAUCCUUUUAUGCUCAACUGUUGGAAUAAACAUCGUUAA